AUGGCUUUGACAAGUGAGAAACAAAUUAAUGAAGAAAAUGAGUUUAUUCUCUCCCUUCCCAGAACAAUAGGUUUGGCUACAGCUUCCCAUCUACAUCAUUUUCAAGAAUUUUGGUACCCAUCGACUGUCAUUCAAGGAGUAUACAAUUUUCAAAAAUAUUUUCAUGCAAAAGACAAUGAUGUUUUUGUUGCCAGUUUUCCAAAAUCAGGUACUACUUGGUUGAAAGCUCUGACUUUUGCUAUUUUGAACCAUCAACGCUUUCCCUCUUUUGAAAACCAUCCAUUACUCACUUCCAAUCCUCAUGAACUUGUGCCUCCCCUUGAAUUCAUUCUAUCUCGUGAUUGGGAUGAUCAAAUUCUUAACUUAUCCAACAAGAGUGAGCCAAGGCUUUUGGGUAUCCACACACCAUUCCCUUCAUUACCCAAGUCCGUCAAAGAAUCAAACUGUAAGAUAAUUUAUAUCUGCAGGAAUUCAUUUGACACUUUUGUUUCAGCUUGGGAGUUCUUUCCUAAAAUCAAGUCAGUGCCUUUACCUACGUUAGCAAUGGGGGAAGCAUUUGAGAAGUUUUGCGAUGGCAUUAUGACGUUUGGCCCAUGGUGGAGUCAUAUGUUAGGUUACUGGAAGGAGAACAUAGACAUACCAAAAAAAGUUCUGUUCUUGAAAUAUGAGGAUCUGAAAGAGGAUACUGAAUUUCAUGUGAAAAGAAUUAUAGAGUUUUUGGGUUGUCCUUGUCGCCGUCGUCCGUUCCGACGUCUAGGGACAUCUCAAACGUUUAUGCGAGCGCCUGACAGCUCAGGACGGUCGUCUGGGGUGCAGAAAACAGGGACCAUCGUCUGCAGAGGUCGGGACGGCCGUCUGGGAUCUGGGACGGCCGUCCCAAGUGUCAAAAUUGGGUGGGACGGCCGUCUGAUUCUGAUGAGUACCUACCCUCAUCUGGUACGAACCCUAUUCUAUAAGGCUCUUGUGGGUACCUACCCCCACCUGGUACGAACCCUAUUCUAUAAGGCUCUUGUGGGUACCUACCCCCACCCGGUACGAACCAUAUUCAACAAGACUCUUGUGGGUACCUACCCCUACCUGGUACGAACCCUAUUCUAUAAGGCUCUGGUGGGUACCUACCCCCACUCGGUACGAACCCUAUUCUAUAAGGCUCUUGUGGGUAUCUACCCCCACCUGGCAGAUGCUUCACUGAUGGAGGCUUUAUGCUUUGGGCUUGUAUUGGCUCUUGCAUAG